AAAACACUACCAUCUCACAAUGCAUGUUCUUGGGCUCCUGACUACUGCCACCUCCUUGGAGGUACUUGAUGGAUUGGUAGAAAGUACAGCAGUCGUGUUUUCUAGUCCAUCAAGUGGGGAAAAUGUUGAAAAACAUUUUCAAAACCUUCAGUUGUGGCUGCAGAGAGCUACCUUACCAGUGGAGGAGUCUGACAAGUCAGAAAAAAGCACUGAAGACUUAAAGAUGUCUGCCAGUGCAGCCGACGUUGAGCGCACCCUGACCCUCCCAGCCAGUCCACGGCUAAUACUGCUGGUUGCUGGUGACAGAGUCACAAUUGGACGUUGGAUGAUCAGCAUUGAAAGCCAUGUCAUCUGUGAAGGCAAUCAACCAAGCUUCAUCACAGGGCUGGCUGCCAUUUUCUCCACCUACUAUGUGUUCAACUUGCAAUACCAAGACGAAGCUGCAAGGAUACUGGAGUUUGUUCAAAGGCGCCUCAUCGGUAUCAACCCCGAGCGAGGACAAAGGCCAACCAGGGGAAGACGGUUUCCAAGAAGAGUGGGAAGUUGGUGCAGAAGAAGGCAGCAACGGUUCAUCAGUGACAACGUCACUUUGAUUCGAGACGUUUUGGAGCUCUCCGGUUCAUUGGCUGUAGAGACUGGUCUGAUUUCAAUAGACCAGGAAAAGGCUUUUGACCGGGUUGAACACCAGUACCUGUGGCAGACUCUGGCUGCUUUUGGGUUCAGCCCUGGUUUCAUAGCCAUGAUCCGGGCUCCCUAUAGUGACAUCGUCAACUGGGGUAACAGUGAGGCUCUGAUGGUGGGGGAGGGGCUGGGGGACCGGCUCGCUGCCUGGUGGCCUACUCUUGAAGAGGGGGGGCUCUGGUAUCUCGGGGGUCUUCCUGGGGGAUGA